GCUAAAGAAACUUUUAUUUCCAUCCCCACUUCCCUUAUCUCCCGCGCUCCUCUUCCUCCACUCCCCAUGGCUGCCGUUGGCGUCACCUCCCCGGCGGCGCCGGCCACCGUAUCCGCCGCCGUAUGUUCCUCGUCCACGCGCCGCCGAGUCCAUCUUGUCCCUACCCGAUUCUUCACAGCAGCGUCGUUCCGCGGGCGAUGUGCCGCUGCGGCCGACGGCGGGGCCGCGGCCACGGAGGACCUGGCUGCGGCAGCGGAUGGGUAUCCCGACGCUGGAACUGACGUCGCCGGCGGCGCUGCCACUUCCACGCGGCCUCCCUACUCGCUCAUCUCCGCCGCCAACGUGCAGAAGGCGAUGCGCGGCCUUGGUGCGCGUUUCUUGUUUGAUUUAUACGCAAUUACAGAUGCUGAUCACUAUGGGAGGCUUGGAAUUACCAGAUUAGCGUCAACCGAUGAGGUCAAAGCUGCAUAUGAGAAAAGGUGUGAACAACUAAACAAGCAAGGACUGGAAGAAGAGGAAAUCAGCAAGGAACAUGACCUAUUGAAGGAAUCUUUUACCAUAUUAUCAACCGAGGAAGAGAGAAGAUUAUAUGAUUGGAGCUUGGCGAGGAAUGGGCAGCCUGAGCGAUAUGUUUGGCCCUUUGAAGUUGACCCCAUGGAGUUGGCACCAGAUCCUCCUAAGGAACCGGAAGAUGAGUUUCCUACAAAGCUUGUCGGCUACUUCUUGUUGACAUGGUUCAUAAUUUCUGUAGCCUGCUCGCUGAUUCUCAACAGAUCAUGAAGUUCUCCGUAAACGAAGAUGAAUAAUAGCUCAACAGUGUUUUUCUAAAUUAGUCGAAGUACAUAACUGCACAGUUUGUACAGAUAAACUAUAUGAAUCUUUAAUUAAUUAUUCACAUGGGCUA